GUCAGGCGAAGGCUGGCUCGCAAGAGGGUGUGAUUGCGUUUGGCUGAGCUUCAGACAGCCCUCUAUCUUCUCCUGCUAACUUCCAGUCUGCUGAGGCGAGCUGCACGAACAAGGCGUAAAGUGGAGCAAGAGCAGCAUCAUGUCUGACAGCAAGGAGUGGGCCACCCUCAGCCCGGAGGAGUUCACCCAGCUGCAGAAGUAUAUUGACUACAGCAGCAAGAAAGUGCAGGAUGUGCUGAAGGAAUUUUAUGGAGAGGGUACAUUGUCCCAACAUCUGCAAGGGGAUUUAAUAGACUUUGAAGGCUUCAAGCUCUUCCUGAAAACCUACUUGGAAGCAGAGGAGAUCUCUGAUGAACUUUGCUGUCACCUCUUCAUGUCUUUCCAGACUACAGCAGGACAAGCGACAAAAGAGCCAGCCAGUGGUUUCGUUUGCGUCAAUGACGUCUCUUGUUACUUCUCACUGCUAGAAGGCGGGAGGCCUGAAGACAAACUGGAAUUCACCUUCAAGCUUUAUGACAAAGAUGGAAAUGGUCUUCUUGACAAUUCAGAAGUAGAUCGCAUCAUAACACAGAUGAUGCGCGUAGCUGAAUAUCUGGACUGGGAUGUCACUGAGCUUAAACCAAUCCUGCAGGAGAUGAUGCGUGAAAUUGAUUAUGAUAGCAGCGGUACUGUCUCUCUCUCUGAAUGGCUCCGCGGUGGUGCCACCACUGUCCCCCUCCUGGUGCUACUCGGGCUGGAGGCGACGAUGAAAGACGACGGGCAGCACCUGUGGCGCCUGAAGCACUUUAACCGUCCUGUUUACUGCAAUGUGUGUGAGACGCUGCUCUUGGGGCUACGCAAGCAGGGGCUGCGCUGUACUUUCUGUAAGUACACAGUGCAUGAACGCUGUGCUCGGAAGGCUCCUCCAAGCUGCAUCAGCACCUAUGCCAAGAACCGCCGUGACACCAACGUGCAAGCACAUGUUUGGGUAAGAGGAGGCUGUGACGGCAGUAAGUGUGACAAGUGUCAAAAGAAGAUUAAGAGUUUCCAGAGCCUCACAGGCAUGCACUGUGUCUGGUGCCAUCAAAAGAUCCAUGAUGAGUGCCUGCCUCUCAUGCCUUCCACCUGUGACUGCGGGAUCCUCAGGGACCAUAUCCUGCCUCCUUCAGCAAUCUACCCUGUUGUAUUGGAACGGCAGAACAGCCAAAAGAACGGGACCCCUUCAGAUGAACCAGUUCAACCAUUCACUACUCCUGAGGGACAGGCCUUGCGGAUCAUCCCUUUGCCUGACACACACCCCUUGCUUGUCUUUGUCAAUCCUAAGAGUGGUGGAAAACAAGGAGAGAGAGUGCUGCGGAAAUUUCAAUACCUCCUCAACCCACGACAGGUUUAUAACUUAUUAAAGGGAGGUCCUGGACCUGGCCUCAAUUUUUUCCGAGAUGUACCAGAUUUCCGUAUCCUAGUUUGUGGUGGUGAUGGCACUGUGGGAUGGAUCUUGGAUGCCAUUGAUAAAGCCAACCUACCAAGCCGGCCACCAGUGGCUGUCUUGCCUCUAGGAACUGGCAAUGAUCUGGCCCGCUGCCUUCGUUGGGGUGGAGGUUAUGAUGGUGAGAAUCUGGUAAAAAUACUAAAAGAUAUUGAAGCAAGCAGCAUCUUACAGAUGGAUCGCUGGUCAGUGCAGGUGAUGCCAGAGAACCCUGAUGAGAAAGGAGACCCUGUGCCCUAUGAGAUAAUCAAUAACUAUUUCUCCAUUGGCGUAGAUGCCUCUAUUGCCCACCGAUUUCACGUCAUGAGAGAGAAAUACCCGGAGAAAUUUAACAGCAGGAUGAAGAACAAGCUCUGGUAUUUUGAAUUUGCCACAUCAGAGACCAUCUUUGCCACAUGCAAAAAGCUCAAGGAGUGUUUGUCUAUAGAGUGCUGCGGGCAGUCCCUUGACCUCAGUGGAGCCCUUUCUGGAAUAGCUGUCCUCAAUAUUCCCAGCAUGCAUGGUGGUUCCAACCUCUGGGGUGAGACCAAAAGACCUUUGGGGGAGGCAGCAGCACGUAGCACAGCUGGAGGAGCAGCACAGCCUCAAGUCAUCACUGAAGCUGAAAUCCUGAAGAACUGUGUACAAGAUCUGAGUGAUCGGAGGAUGGAGGUGGUGGGCCUGGAGGGUGUGUUUGAAAUGGGACAGAUCUACACAGGUUUGAAGAAUGCAGGCACACGGCUGGCCAAGUGCUCUGAGAUCACACUGAGAACCUUCAAACAUCUUCCCAUGCAGAUCGACGGAGAGCCAUGGAUGCAAGCGCCGUGCACAAUCAGAAUAACUCACAAGAAUCAAGCUCCAAUGCUCAUUGCACCGCCUCCCCGUUCCUCCAGCUUUUUUGGCCUGAAAAAGGGACCUCAGGAGACCUAAACAGGGUUUCUGUUCCUUUCAGGAAGUAGCUGCCUCCACAGAAAUGCAACUUUGGGGCCUCUGUUGGGAAAUCCUGCCGCUUUGCACCACAAGGAUAGCCCUGUUCCGUCACCACCAUCCAUAGCAAAUUAGAGGAAGCCAAACUUCUCCUCUCUAGUAUUUGACAAGGCGGGAGUAUGCUAUAUCAAAAUUCUUAGCUUUUGCAACACAGAUUGGCCUUGCCAGUUUCCUAAUCUGAAGCAGGAGAACUUGGGCCCUCUACCCUUUUAGGUUUUGCGGCACCCUGUAAUUUGGUGUUGCCCUCAGGUUUCCUACCUAUGUUAGUAUCCCUUUUAAUGUGUGGAUGCCAAAUUCUUCCUUUUUUGCCCACCAAAAAGCCUCUGUACACUGCUGUCUCUUGUUCUUCAAAUUCUGUUCCUUGUAGAUUUUGCUCUUUGCACUUGCAGUAACUACUGAAAGACAAUGGUGGCACCAGCUGUUCUUUCUUUCUUUUCUUCCUUCCUUCCUCCUCCUCUCCUCUCCUCUCUUUAUUUAUUAUGAUUCCAUGCCAAGUCCUUCCCUGUACAGUUUUCUCAGAAGAGCUUCAACGUGGUAAUAAAGGGCUGGGCUUGGAUUUGUUCUCCCAUUGUAGUCAGUUUUCUUGGUUGUAAGCAGAUAUUAGUUCUUAGGCUGUGGGUGUCCCAGUUUUUAAAACUUUAUUUGCAUUUUGGUCAAAGCUUGUAGAAAAUGAAACAAGGCGUUUUAUUUUGCUGGGGAUACGUAUGUGCAUGUGCAUGUGUAAGUGUGACUACAUGUACACAAGCAAUCUUACAUGAUUUCAGCCCACAAAGGAUAGUGAAAUGGAAUCUCACCAUUGGCUCAUUUACUUGCAGUUGUGGGAGCAUUGUCUCAGUCAGGCCUAGCUACAUUGGCAUUGAAUACUAGGGCAGGAAUAGCCCUUUAGAUGUGAUGAACUUCAACACCUAACCAACACAGCCAGUGGCAAAUGAUGCAUUCAGCAACAUCUGGAGGGCCACAAGGUCCCCCCCCCCCAGGUUCUUUGCACACUGGCUUUGUAACUGCUUGCAGCUGUGCAGCAAAAUAUGCCCAGAGGCAUGGAACACUCGUGCAAUGCAUUGCAAUCGUAUGGAGGAUCCAAACUGAAGACCAGCAUAUUUGCUGGUACAGCUGCUCAUGAUGAAAACCUUAAUUGGAUUUAUAAAGGUGUCAGCCUGGAUUUGCUGUGUGUUUCCUGCUUUGUGGGUUAUCCUGCACUAUAUUGUGUGCAAGAAGGCAGUGUAAGAAUUUAAGGGUAAUAGCAAGCACUAUAGAUUUUCACUGUUACUGGAUUUCUCAAAUCCCUUUCACCUUUAGUCUGUACAGUAUAUGGAUAGUUAUGACUUUAGGGCCGUGGAAACAACUUCAACUUCAUUCCUACUGUGGGAACAACCAUGAUCCAGGAGUAUGUAAUACAAGAGGGAUAGUAGCUGAGUUAAACAUGUGCAUUAAGAGAAAUAGCUUUUGUUAGAAAAGCCUCUUGUUCCCAUAAAUGACUGUGAUACGAUUAAAUUCUUAAGACAAGUUUACCAGCUGUCAGUUUAUCUUCUAAAGGAAAGUGUUUUUUUUCUACAUUCCUGUUUUUUUUUAAAGUAGAAGAAAAUAAGUAGGAGUAUCCAUCUGUCUUUUCAAUAUCAAAAAUGAGCCCCCCUCCCAAAAAAAGAACAUGGUUCCCAAAGCAUAGUAGGCAUGAUUAGGGAAAAAAAUGUAGUCUAUCAAAGAAAGAUGUUUGCUAUAGUCAUCCCACAUUCUAUCUGUCAAGGACUGGGAUAGCUUUUUAGUACCAAGUAUGCAAAAACUUGUUCAACAAGAUUAGGGGGGCACUAGACAAUUGUCAAGAAAGUUUUUCACUAUCCAUCUUAUGAAGUCAGAAGGCUGCUUUUUAUUUCAGAUUAAAACCUAUUGUUUAUUCCUUUGUGGCACGAGGGUUGUGCUCUGCUUCAGAAUGUAUCCGAAGACUCAGAUGAAGAUUCCUACCAUACUUCUCCAGCUGAAAUUUCCAGGCACAUGGCACUACAGUGCAAUUGUAUUGUGUGAAGACCCAACACUUUUUUUCUGUUGCAAGGCGCCCAUGAAAGCAGAACAUAGUAGAAGAGCUUAUUCCCUUUUCCCUGAAAUCAUCCUUACCUUUAGCUGAUUUUAUCCCCAUAAUGUCUCAGGCCUGCCUUUGGGAGGCACAAGCUUUAGAGGCCAAGUGUUGGUUAGGGAAAGAGUAGAGCAUUUAUUUUCCCUGAAUUCAGCAGAGGCUGGGUUCACCUCGUUCUAAGACAUCAAAGGGGUUGGUUUGUAAUGGUGAGUCCAGCCAUUGUGCUUUGUAAACACUGGUUUAUAGCUUAGUGUGAACCCAGCCAAUGUGGCUUAUCAACAAACCAUAGCUAGGUGAUGUAUGAACCAUUCUCUCCCUCACACUUUCUUCAGUAAAACAUCCUCUGCUGGAGGGCUGUGCAAUAAAGGAGGAAGACUCUGGCUUGUUAGACCUGGUUGCAAUAUAUUGUUUUUGGCCUGGGAUGGGAGAUAGGGAUCCAUGCAGUAUCUCAGGAGAUACCACGCCUUUCUCAACAGAAGGGCAGGAGGCCAAAGUCAAUGAACAUAUCAUGUUUGAAGAAUUAAGGCCUUUCCAUACUUCCAUUUUUAGCACAAUAGAAGUGCAGUUGUUCAUCUACUGUAUCUAGCUUUGUACAUUUGUUGCAGCAGUAUCACGUUUACACACACAGAGAAUCUGGCACUGCGGUUUUUGUUUGGUGACUUGUACAAUGAAAAAAUGCAGUUGGUGUGUCUGUGUUGUAGGAUCAUAUGGGAAAAUCCAUAGCAAUUUUAACCUACAGGUAUUUGUCUCAGAAGUACAACGUGCUGAUAUCUACGGUUUCCAAGGUUCUGGAAACCGCCGUGGCUGUUUUCAUGAGCUGCAGACAAGUGCUGUGUAUGUGCUCUUGCAUGUUCCCAAGUGCCUGUUUCUGGUUGAAUCUGAAGCACUGCACAGGCCUAACCUGGUUAGAAAGUCAGGCUGAAACUGGGGAGGCCCAGUUCACAUCCCCAUUCAGCCAGGAGCCACACUGAGUGAUGGGGCUCAGAGCUCUGCGAUUAAAAUGGGAGCGAGGGGAAGCAAGAGGCACAUGGCCUAGGGCUUCCAGAGGAAAAGCACAAUGUAAGUACUGUGCAUUACUGGUAAUGAGAAAACCUGCUACGUCAUUUCAACGUAUUUAAAAGCAACAUCUAACACGGCUCUCAACUUAGCAGCAUGAACUGGCAAAACGGAAAUAAAAACAUUUCAAAAUAAAAGACAUCAGAUGUUGCAUAAAAAAAGAAAUACUUUUUUGUGCCUGCUGAGCAUGACAAGGCUACUUAAAAGGGUCAGUAUUCACAAAGAGUUUCUUAGAUUUUAUUGGACUUAAGGAUGCUUCUGCAUUAUUAUAAAAUAAGGAAUGAAUCUGAACGCAGGCAUCCUCUAUUGAAAUUCUAGUAGGGUAUGGCAUGGGUGGUGCGUGAAGGAAAGCAGGCAGUCUGGUGGUUGUCUCCAAUACUGUAGUGGAAACAAAACAGUUGGCUGCACCAGAGUGGACUCCAUUCAGAACUCUGCCUUUAGUCUUACACAGCCUUUACUCUGUCUUGGUGUUAGUAAUAUUGUGAAAGUUUUAGUCCAGUUGGGACUCAGGCCCUCAACAAAUCUUGAAUUAAUGUAACCUUCAUGAGCCUGGGGCCCUCUGGAUGUGUUGGACUACUGCUUUUACAUCCUGGAACCAGUCUGACCAAUGACCACAAGUCAAGGAUGCCUGACUGGGGAAAGGUUAAUUAGGAAAUGGAAGAAUUUAUACAAGAAGAUAUACCAAGAUGGGCAUUGUGGCCAAAAAUGUGCAGCUCUAAACAUCAUAGUUUGCCCUACUGUAGGAUUGGUUCCACACCCAGCAAUUCUAACAAUAUCUGUUCAGCAGACAUUGCUGAGUUAUUUCUACCUUGGCUGUGAAACAUACUCUGCAAGUGCUGUGAAGCUAGUUUAUUUUUUGAGAUGCUCUGGUUCUCAGGAGCUUAUGGGUGGGCUAUUGAUCCAUUUGUGGAAACACUUGCCUCCUGCUCCUUGCACCAGCAAGAGUUUCCAGGGAAAAAUGGCGUUGAUGACUUUUCAGCACUUCACAUAACAACUCCUGGGAUUUUUGCAGACAGCCAAAUAAAUGCAGUAUGAAAUAAGGAUGAAGAUGGGGAAGUCAUUUAUUUUACUGGCCUUUAACAUCAUGCAGUGGGUUUAGUUUUCUGGUGUCACAUUCUUGGCAUCUUGGAGUAGAGCAGUAAUUUUUUUCACUCAUUUCUGGAGUUUCCAAAUUGCUUUGGGGGGUUUCAGGAGCAAAAACUGGUGUGUGGGAGGAACCAAAACCACCUUACAGUAAUAGGCUCAAAUGGGACAAAUGAUAAUCCCUGAUCAUUCCAAAAUCUUCCUGAUGAGAACUUUUUAUUGAUUGAAGUGACUUAAGUGAUCAGCUCUUGCUUGCUGCCUUUGCACUUUCUGCCUUAUUUCACCCUCAACUGCAGGUAAGUUAAACCUGAUAAACCCCAAUCUUACUUUUGUGGAUAAUGAUACAAACGUAAUAAAGAAGAAAACCCUCAUCAGGAUGAGUAGCCUUCUUGCAGAACUAUGCCAGCUUUUGUUUUCCCCCAAAGUUUUGUUAUAAGGCGAUACAGGAAGUCUUCAUAUUGCUGUGGCAAAGUGGUUGAUCUGUUUUUGGUGGUGGUUUUCCCAAAUGGCUUGUAGCUGCUCAUACAGAUAUCCAUCUGUACUUAGAAAAAUCAAGACAGCUAAACUAGUCUUAGAUUGGAAGUCAAGCAUAUCAGUUUAGUUGAAAAGCCCCCUUUAUACCCUGCAGUUUCAGAAUUUGUAAAGAGGUCCAUCCCUAUACAACAGUGUUUCUCAAC